AUGGGCACAGCUUCACUUGAUUACGGCUCGACGUCGUCGGUCCGUUUCCGGGAUUUUGGCCUAGACAGAUCCCCAUCACAGGGUCAAUUUGGGGGUUAUUUGGAUGGGGUUAGACAUUCGGUUCCGGCCUUACCCUCGGACCCAAUUGGCUCGAGUCGCUUCAGCCGUCUCCAACUAGAUGAUGACGACGAUCUACUCCCCGGGCCGCUCUUGCGUAAUGGAAGCUCCCGCGCCUCGCUUGGCCUUGGACGCCGAACUUCACGAGAAUCUGAAGCCACUGCCUCUGGCUACGGCGGCUCGAGGAAGCUGACAACACCAGCUACAGAUCCGCUUCACCGGAAGACUUCCCUCCAAGAACAACGUCAACCACCGAAGCUAGACAAAGAUGUGCUCGGAACGACGCUCGGUCUUGGGACUGGACGUGUUGAAUACAAGAGGGCUGAUCCGUUGGCAAAGUACUUUGAAAAGGAGCGAAAACCUCCACCAGCCCCACGCGAUGAGCCGAAAGAUCCGAUGGAAUACGCACAACGUCUAAUGGCUGCGCACAGUCUGGUAGAUGAUCUUUUGAAAGGCAGAGGACUCACGGCUGAAGAUGAAAGGAAAUAUCUCAAAUCGUGGGAAGAAAUGCCGAUCGUUCGCGAGAUCAGGAGACGAUCUCUUGAUCGAAGAUUGAGGAGGAUGAGCACCGAUAGUUCUGACGAUUCUGGAGUGGCAGCCGAGGAAGAAGCCCCUGAUGCUCAUGCGGCUUUUAGCCAACGGCUUGUACGUCUUGACGACGAGGUCUCGAUCGUUGAACGAUUCGGAAAGCCGGUGGUUGAACGGGUGGAAUUUAGCUGCUUAGCUCCUGCUCCUCCUGAACCUGUUGAAAUCGACUGUGCACAUCGGUUCAAGAAAACUGGAGCUAAAUCAGCAGUAACGGCGAUCCGAACAACCCGAGGAUAUCAAGCUCAAAAAGUUCAUGCUCGAUUCAUUAUCGCCCCAAACGUCCCACCAAAAAACUUGCAAGCGCCGGUGGCAACUACAGAAGUGAGCAUGAUCAAGAAAACUCCAGAGAACCAAGGAGCCGCAGCCCAUCUCUCCCGGCGAGUCACCGGCGCCCAAACCAUAGCCCUAUCCCGCGUUGGACGUGCCGAAUCUUGUAAUCAAGAAGAGGAGGACGAGCCCCUGACCGCGAAAGAGCUGGCCAAGCUGCAGCUCCGACGCGCCGCGAAGCGCCUCGACUCGCCGUCGUCGAUCAGCCAACGCGAUAUCUUGGCCCGGCUCGAGCCUCACCCUCAACCUAUUAAAUCGUCGGCCGAGAUUUCUAUACAGCACUGUUCAUACUACCAAAUGCAGGAACGGCUUCAGGUCGUUGAAAAGAAUGUGAGAAUCAACCUCCGGCUCACCGAGCGAGCGCCGUCACAUCAGAAAACGAGGAUUUGUCUUCGAGCCCCACCGAAAUUCGCUUGUGUGAGGUUGGACCUGAAGCUCCCUGACCGGCCGGAACCCAUGCGACGAAACAGUACCCAAGCUUUGCAUAUAAAACCGCGAGAUCGCCGUCGGCUAGACCGAGCUGCUACGGUAGCUAUAGGCGUGGAAUAUCUUGCUCAACAACGCCCCAUCAGACGUCUACAAAUCCCUGAGUUAUUCCGAGACAAACCCGAAUUCGCCGCCGCUAGAGAGAGACUCCGAAAAACGGCCGAGCCCCGUCCCACACCUCCUCGCCGUCGCCCGCCCGAACCCCCGAAAAUUGUGCACCAACUCGUUGAACGUGCCGAGGAACGGCGCGUAGCUGAACAAGCCACGAUUUCGGGAAACGACGAUAGCACAGCGGAGCGCCACGCGACGACCACUGUGUCGGCUGGAAAAGCCGUAAUCGCGAGGAGGGCCACUUGGGGGGAGGACAUGUCGGAGACGGAUCGACGGCUGAUAGAGAAGCUCAGAUGGGAGAGGUGUCCCGUUCCAAGACCACAUCCGGUUCGCCAUCUCUCCCUGCUCGUCCCGCCCAGGAUUUUCGAGCCUAAACAGAUGCACCUGAUGCCGAUGACGGCGCGGUUUAUUCGCAGGAAAACACCAGAACCGAAAAGGGAGGUGAAGAAGCACGGGGAGAAGUGUCGAAGCCCGAUGCCAGGCCAGAAGAGAUUCUUGACGGUGCCUAGGGGAGCACCACAGCGGAGGAGUGCGAAGACAGAUUUUGGGGUUGUGCUGAAGAAGGCGAGAGCCGUGCCGAGGAUUGGAGUGGUCGCUGGUGGCCGGAGAACAUGGGUACCACGGUGGAGAAGAGGUGUAAAGAGCUCGGACAAAAGUGAGGAGGAGGUGAAGAGCGAGUCCGAGGAGGAGGAGGAAGAAGAAGAACAAUCGGUGAUUGAAUCUCUGCCUGUCGCAGCUCCCAAGAGCCCGGCGAAACCGGUGGAGAAGGUCGAGGAGCCGAAGGAGAUGAGCGAGGCCGAGGCUGCGAUGCUGGCCGCAAAACGCCGCCAGGAGGACGAGAAAGUGGCCCAGAUCCAGGACUACGAGCAGCGCCGCAAGAUAGACAAGGUCCGCGAGCAGGAGGAGCUCAAGGCCCUCAAAGAGAAAUGCGAGCGGCGCCGCGCUGAACGGCGCGAAGAAGAGGAGGCCUACAACGAGCAACGUCGCACUGUUGAAGAAGCUCAUCGCCGUCAGGAGGAAGAGAAAAAGGCGGCGAUGGAGGUGGAGCGGAAGCGCCGUGAGGAAGAGCGUCGUCGCAAGCAACAAAGCAUGGCUGGCGGUGGCUUUCUUGGGAUUGACCUGCUCGAACCUGACGCUGAGGUGACGGCCAAGAGGAACUUUGUCAUCCCUCCAAAAAGCAAACGCCGCGCCUCGACGCUGGGCAUCGCCGGCAAGAAGGAGGCCAUCGGCGAGGAGGAACGCGAAAGGGCUCGAAAGAAUUACCUUGCCAAUGUCCUCCGCCCCAUCGACCCCUCAACGCUGCUGGCCAACGACCUGAAGGUGCACAUCAAGCAGAUCCACGCCCGCAUCGUUCGCCUCGAGGCCGAGAAGUACGAUCUCGAGCUGCGCAACGAGCGUCAGGAAUAUGAUCUGAAAGAGCUGGCCGAGCGCCAAAAGCAGCAAACUCGCAACAAGGCACUCCGGAUGGGCAUUGACCCUGAUGAGGAUGACCUCACCCAUCCGCCAAAACUCAAUGUGGCCUCAAAACACGAUCGACAGACUGACCAUCGCUCCUACGGCGAUCGUCGCGUCAUUUUUGAGUGGCAGUCCGCGUCCCAUCUUCUGUUGUCCCUGUUCGGCGAUCUAUCUCUCCCCAAGCGCUAUCAGGCGCCAAAAAUCGCGCGCGGCACCGGGCGCCCGCCAGCCGAAUGGGGCAGAAAGAGCAACGAGGAACUCGACUGUCUCCGGAAACACGUUGAGGGUGCUGCUCAUAAUCGCUAUGUCGAGCAGAAUAAAGUCGAGACAGGCCCCGUGCUCGAGCCGAUCCCGCUGCAGCUCCCCGAAGAUCAGGAAGCC